GCGCCGCACACUUGUGCCGCGACUAGGCGACGCGUUGUUUAUCAAAGUGAAAUAUUCAUCAUCACCAUAGUUAACGGUGGAUGAAAAGUAGUCAUAAACACAGUAGAGAAACGUAAACGUGUGUGAACAAUGACUACACCAGUUCAGGAAAGAAUAGCGGCAUUUCCCGAUGGUAAUUCCCUUGUUUCCAUUGAAAAAUCUCGAUUAGUAGUGGGGAACAGUGAAGGACUCGUGAAGAUUUAUGAUUUGAACCAACCGGAUUUAGAACCUAAAUCAGUAGAUAUUGAGAAUAAUCUUACGUAUCUCAUACAAACACGUGAUGAUUUUUUAUUUAUAACCAAUACUAGUGGACUUGUAGAAGUAGUAGACUUGUCAUUAUUGAAUCAAGCCAUUGAUAUUGCUGCAAAGACCAUUUAUCGUUCAGAAUUAGCAUUAAGAACAAUCCAACCUAUUCCAAUGCAAAACAAAGUAGCUGUUGGAGGAGAUGAUAAGAAGUUGGUGAUUUUGAAUAUCAAUCAAGAAAAACGAGAAUUUGUUGUGGAUAAAACUGUGGAAUUGAAUGAUCUGAUUGUAGAUUUAAGUUUAGGAGAUGAUGAAACUUCAUUAAUCAUAUCUCUUGCUAAUGGAGAUGUUAAAAUCUUUGAUUUGGAUGUUGAUGAAGAUGAAGAGGCUUUUAUAUUUCAAAGGUCUCAUGUUGUACCUAUAAAGAUUCAUACAUCUAUAGAUAAUAUUGAUUAUGUAGUAGAACAUAGUGAUGAACUUGUAUCCACUAGAAUUCAUGCUACUUCUAAUGGUGAUUUAAUUGUUCCUAAUAUCAAUUCUAUAAAGAUUCUUUCAUCGGUUGAUUAUCUGGAUUUGCAUGAAUUAGAUGCAUCCAAUACUGUACAAAUUGUAUCAACCCAUUUAACUCCCGAUACAAAUUAUUUAGCAGUGUUGUAUGUGGGAGGUCUAGUUAAAGUGUUUGACUUGAAAGCAAGACUGAUGGAGAAGUCGUUUGCUAUUAGUCUUGCCGAUGAACAAUUGGCCAUUAAUGUCCAAUGGUCUGCCCAUGCUGACUUAUUCUUUGGAACCACCAAUGGAGAGAUUGUGUACUUUAAGGGAGUCAUUGAUAUACCUGCCACCAGUAAUAAUAAUAAGAAUGGUACUAGUUUAUUUUUAGACGAAGAGGCUGAAGACUCUGCCGAAGAGGCCUUUGAUAACAUUGUCAAGAAGGACAAAGAGCGAGUCCAACAAUCUGGAGAAGAUUCUAUGAUUAUCGAUGAAGACGAUGACGAUGACAAUGACAUUGAUUUAUUUGGCGACGAUGUGCAUCCCUACAAACGUCAUAAGUCCAACAAGUACUCCAAUGGAAGUGCUAGCACCACUAGUGGUAGUGGUAGUUUGAAUUAUAGUGCUGGGAGAAGUUCUAAGAAUGAUAUAGAAGAUUUACAGCCAUUCUCCCCCGGAGCCACCCCAUGGAUAUUGGAUUCUAAACACAGUGCAGCCACGGGAUCAGUGCAAAGAAGAUAUCUUGGUAUUAAUAGUAUUGGAUAUGUAUGGGCAGUCCGUAAUUUAGGUCAAGACAUUCAACUGCAACAUGUGACUGUGUCAUUCUAUGAUCGGUCUAGUCAUAAGGAUUAUCAUUUUACGGAUCAUUUCCGCUUUGAUUUGUGUUCAUUUAAUCAGAGGGGAUUAUUAUUGGGAUAUUCCGGAAUUAAUGAACGGAAAUCUAAGGGUCAUAUAGCUAAGAUUUAUUAUAGACAUCAUGAUACAGAGACAGACUCAUGGGAAAAGAAUAUUCCCUUAUUACCACACGAAGUGGUGACUAGUAUUUGUGUAUCUAAUUCCAAUAAUGCUAUAAUUACGGUGGGUACAUCGUUUGGAUAUCUCAGAUUCUUUAAUUUAUAUGGAGUCUGUAUUAAUGUGUUGAAGGUGAAUCCUGUGUAUGCAUUGGUCUCUUCCUCUACAGCUCAUUUAUUCACUGUUAAUCAAAUAUCUCCUAACAUUUAUACCUAUUCAUUGAUUGAUAUUAAUCAGGAUUAUAAGUAUAUUCAACAGGAUGUGUUAUUACCAUUGAAGCGUCCAGUAGGAGAUUUGCAACAAUCACUGGACUUGAUUAAAGGCAUAUUCUUUAAUGAAUUCAAUGAUCCAUGUCUAGUGAGUAAUUAUGAUGAUACAUUGAUGAUCUUGCAAUCAUGGCGAGAUUGUAAUAAUUCCAAAUGGGUACCUAUUUUGAAUUGUCAUAAUGUCAUUACGGAAUAUGGAACGAAUUCUAAUAAGAAGAAUUGGAAGUGUUGGCCCUUGGGAUUAUUUAGAGAUCAGUUGCAUUGUUUAAUCUUGAAGAAUAACAAUGCUUAUCCAGGAUUCCCCUUGGCGUUACCUAUAGAGCUUGAGAUUCGAUUACCUAUCCAAGUGUAUAUUAAGAGUGAUAAGGGUAAGAAGAGUAGGGAUAUUCUUGAAGAAGAUGAAGAAGAAGACGAGCUAUUAGCACAAGACAAUGAACAGGAGGAUGAAGCAAUCAAGGAAUUGUUUAAUGAUAAUGAUCCCGAAGAGAACUUUUUACGAUCAUUAACUAUGGGCAAGAUUGUUAGUGAUUCAUUGAAUGAUGACAAUAUAACUCUUGAUGAUGAUGAGAAUGAUGAAAUCAUGGAAAGACUCACCAAAUAUAGUAUAUUAUUUGAUAAGUCAUUAUUGAAAUUAUUUGCUGAUUCAUGUAAGGAUUCUAAACUUAAUAGAGCCCUUAGUAUAGCUCGACUUAUUAAGACAGAUAAGGCAUUAUUGGCUGCAUCGAAGAUUGCUGAACGAAUGGAAUUUCUUAAUUUAUCUACAAAGAUUGGAAAGUUGAGAGAUGAGUUGCUUGAUGAUGAAUAGUAUAUAUUUCUAUGUACAUAAGUAGAGACUAGCAAAGUAACUAAUUAAAUGUCUGAGUAACUAAGUAACCAAUUAAAUGACUGAUUAACCGACUGAAUGUCUGACUGUCUGUGUCUGACUGUCUGUGUCUGUCGGUCUACAAUUGUCUCUUGAUGUAGUGAUACACAAUGGGAGUCACCCAUAAAGCUCCAGCAAGAAUUCCGGCAAACUUUAAAGUAUCAUAGGCAUAUUUCUCUUGAACCUUUCUUUGUUCUUCAGAUGGUUGACCUCCGUACAUGGCUUCUGUGUGUAGUGUGUAGUGUGUGUUGUUGUAAUGCUUAUG